AUGGAGCCCGAGGGACCCGAGAGUGAUAGGGAGUCGGUGGUCAGGCGUGCGUGUGAUCAAUGCCGCCUCAGAAAGAUACGCUGCGACAAGCGAUCUCCCUGCUCCAAUUGCCGCAGCUCCCAGAUCCUCUGCCGCUCAACCGGUGCAGGCCAGAAGCCUCCGGAGCCACGGAAGCGCGUUUUGAUAUCAAGCCAGUAUGAAAAGAAGAUUGAUCUCAUCGAAGAACGCCUGGGUAACAUCGAGCGCAUUCUUCUGGAACUUAGAUCUAGUGCCAAGGGUCCUACGGAGCCAUGCUAUCAUUCCACACCUCUGUCCAGGCAAAUAAGCCCAUCCACUGCCAAUUAUAGCAACGCCACUGCUGCUUUGGACCAGCAUGAGUCUACCCCCGCCUUUGAAGGCAAUUCGUCUCUCACAGCUCAUUCUGCAUACGCCAGGGAGUUCCUGGAGACAGCCGUGUCACGCAACGCGCUCCAGAUAUCAACGCCAAAGAUUAGCACUGCUCUGGCUUCGUUGAGGCAAAUGGUCAGCAUGCAAGAUCACCAGACACAGUCGCCACCCCGUCAAGUCCGGUUCCCGAAUCAGAAGGCCAUACCUGGCUCGGGAUUGCAGGAGUUAUCCUUGCCGCCGGUGCAAGUGGUUCUUAUUCUCCUGCGGAAGUACCAAGGCGAACCUAAUACUCUACAAACAUACUUUCCUUUCCUUACAAUCCAGCGGCUGACAGAGAAAUGCCGCGAGGUGUACUUUGCCACGGAAGAUUACUCGGAUGCCACCUUCAUAGUGAUUAAUGGAGCUCUUUACUACCUGAUCGGCGACUUUAUAUCCACAAUAAAGGAUGGAGGUAUCAGAGAUGAGUAUGUAAGGCAUCUGAAACUUUGUCAGGUCAACCUCGAAACCGCUUUGGCCAACUUGAGCCUUUUGAUGCCCGCGAAGACUGAAAACAUCGAAGCGCUUGCUUUAGGGGCUGUAUAUGCUAUUGAAAUGUCAAAGCCAUCCUUCGCAAUGACGUUGACGUCAACGGCCUUCCGCCUAUGCCAAACGCUCGGAUACCAUCGGUCACCCUUUCUAGAAAAGGACAGCAAAGCUGCCCAGGGAAAUAUGCUCUUUUGGACAAUCUAUAUUCUUGACAAGGCAGUCUCCUUGCGGUUGGGGCGUGCCUCAACCAUCCAGGACUACGACAUCACCUCGCUGGAAGCCCUCGAUAUGACCGGAAUAAACGAGCCAUUCAAGAAGAUCUACCCGUUGUGGGUGAAACUCGCCACAAUCCAAGGGAAAAUUUACGAGUUGCUUUACAGCCCUACGGCUUUAGCGCAACCGGAAAGCGAAAGGAUCUCUCGUGCUCGCCAGCUAGCUUCUGAGAUGCAGCAGAUGGUCAUGAAGCCGUUUGAGGAAAUCAAAUUUGACACGAAGCUGUCCGUUGUCGAUGAAGUUUUCUUCAGAUCUGACAAAGUUGCUCGCCUGUCAGUUUUGGCUCUGAUAUACCGGGCCAUUCCCCCACAAGGAGCACAAGGCACGUUCAUCUAUGAAUGUAUUGAAACGGCCCGGUCAGCCCUUGAGGAGCAUCAGAAGUGCAUGACGGAUGUCAAGGAGAUGAACGAACAUAUCAAGGCUGCGUACUUUCACUGGACAAUCCUCUAUGCACCCUUUGUUCCCUUUAUAGUAAUCUUCUGCCACGCAAUCGCCGUUUCAUCAUGGGAAGAUCUCGCUCGGCUAGAAGACUUUGUGGCUUCUUUGCAGCCCAACUGUUCCCUCUCUGAAGCAAUCACGAAAUUGUAUCAGCUAUGUCAGGUUCUCAGCAAUGUUGCUAGGCUGUACAUCGAGGCAAAAGAACAAGCGCAGGCUAAAGAGGACCAAGACUUAGCGUCUGUCGGUCAGGAGUUCGACGUGUAUCUGAGCGCGCUUGGAUUGGCACCGAUGUCGACUGACGACAGUGAUGUCCCAUGGACAUCCGCCCCUGUUCCUUCGGAGUCGAUGUCUGGGGAGAUGAGGGGCACAACGGAGGGUCAUUAUGCUGGAGCAAUGCCCCAGACCAGCCAAUUAGGGAACUGGUUUUCAGGAAACCAGCAUAUGAUGGGCUUGUUGGAAGAGGACUUUUCAUUGUUUGAUCCGUCUGCUUGGACAUAA